UGUCAACAGAAAAAUGCUCACACAAUGGAGCAGUUUUUGAAGCUAACCUGUAUAGUGAUCAUGUGAAACGUGAACCGUACAAAACCAUUAUUAACGCAAUACAGGUUCAGGUUCACGACGGCCCUGCUUUUGAAGCGUUCUUUCAGUGUAUGUCUGUAUGUAUAUGUUUUGUAGUGUCUUGAUUUUUGUGGGCACCCGUUGAUUGGCACGACAGCUGAAACGUCAUUAGCUUAAGCCCUCUACGCACCUUUUGUUCACAAUUGCGGCACGUACACGUGACAUGACGGUUUGACUGUGUUUGUGUUUGACAGUUUUAUGAUGAGAAGGUGAGAACCUGAGAAAGAUUUCGGUAUUCCGUGACCUAGAUACUAAAGAAGAACAACUGUUAUGAAAUAUUAUGAAAAUUGGACGAUACAUUUUGUUUUAUAAAGAAAACAGUUAGGAUUACAUAACACUAUAAUACAGCAAUCAUGUAUGUAUUUUGAACUGUAUUUAAUAGCACGCCUAACAUCACUAAUGAAGGUUAAAAGGUAAACCUGCUUCUAGAGAUCACUUUUUCGUAUUUAUUUCAUAAACAGCUUGAUGUCUCGUGCCCAAGACAUAGCUUCUUUGUUGCGAUCUCUCCAACUGGUAACAGAACAGUCUGUUAAACUACAAUGCCAAAGUAUUAACCAAAUAUGGAAACAUUCAAGCCUCAGAUGUUCAAAUGGAAGUUGUGCUUCUACUUUAAAAUCUGUAGCUGACACAAAAAGUAUUGACAUAGGAAGUACUGGUAAAGAAACUUUAGAACGUAUCUCAGCAGUAGUACAAGGACUGAGGGCUUAUGCUGGGGCAAGAUUGCCUGCAGAUCAUACAGUAAAUAAUGAGGCACAUGUAGAAACAAAGCCGGAACAACCACAUUCUGAAGAACAGAGAACUGUGCAUAAACAUAUAAGAGAGGAUAAAGAGAAAAGUAAAAAGCCAGAAUUUACAAUUAAACUAACUGAUAGUGAUAAGGCGCUUUUAAGGAAGUUAGAUAUGGAACACAGAGCAAGAAUGACAGAAAAGGGUCGAUUACAACAAGAGAAAGAUGUAAAAAGUGAAGUUGAAGAUACUCAAGUGAAAUCACAACAAGCAGAGGAAGAAAAUGCACAAGAAACAAAAGUUAGCUCCAUUCCUAAUCCAAAAUCUAAACAAAAGCUGUCAGAAAAUGCAAAACAGAGGAAAGUACCAUCUACAAGGUUAGGCAGAAUGGUAUCAUUUGGCACCCUAGCAGCAGGUUUAGGCUUAGGGACUGCAGCAGAGUAUGCAAAAAGGACAUUGGGCAUUGGUGAGGCAGAACCAGAUGCAUCAACUCUGUUUCUGAACAAAGCAAAUAUGGAAAGAAUAGCAGAUACAUUGUGUAAAGUUAGAGGUGCUGCUUUGAAACUGGGGCAGAUCUUGAGCAUCCAAGAUGAAUCCAUUAUCAAUCCUGAACUUGCUAAAGCUUUGGAGAGGGUUCGGAAAUCAGCAGAUUUCAUGCCUAAUUGGCAAGUCGAACAGGUAAUGUCUCAAGAGCUAGGGUUUGGUUGGCGAACCUACUUCACUGAAUUUGAAGAAAAGCCGUUUGCUGCUGCAUCUAUAGGUCAAGUACAUCGAGGCACCUUGAUAGAUGGCAGAGAUGUUGCUGUCAAAAUUCAGUAUCCUGGUGUGGCCAAAGGUAUCAAUAGUGACAUCGAGAAUUUGGCUGCUAUCAUGAAAAUGUGGAAUAUCUUUCCGAAAGGUAUGUUCCUAGACAACUUGAUGGUUGUAGCAAAACGUGAGCUUGCAUGGGAAGUUGAUUACGUUAGGGAAUCUGAAUGUACCAAGAAAUUCAAGAAUAUUCUUGAGCCUUACAAAGAAUAUUAUGUCCCUACAGUGAUUGAGACACUGUCCACAAAACAUGUUUUUACUACGGAGCUGUUGGAUGGCAUUCCAGUCGAUCAGUGCUUGGAUCUUGGUCUAGAACAUAGAGAAUACAUUGGAAGCAAAAUAAUGGAGCUAUGUUUGUUGGAAAUAUUGAAGUUUAGAUAUAUGCAGACUGAUCCUAAUUGGGCAAACUUUCUCUAUAAUGCUGAGAAAAAGCAAUUACUGCUAUUGGACUUUGGCGCUAGUAGGGAGUAUUCAAAGCCCUUUAUGGAUCAAUAUGUGCGAAUAUUAAAAGCCGCGUGUGAUGGAGACAGGAAUACAGUUCUCAAUGUAUCUAAGGAUUUAGGCUUUCUAACAGGAUAUGAAAGCAAGGUUAUGGAAGAGGCACAUGUAAACGCAGUGAUGAUACUAGGUGAAGUUUUCAGAAAGAAAGGCAAAUAUGACUUUGGCCAUCAAGAUAUGACUCGAAGAAUACAAAACUUGGCUCAAAUCAUGCUAACCCAUCGACUUUGCCCUCCGCCAGAAGAAGUGUAUUCUCUACAUAGAAAAUUAUCAGGAGUAUUUUUGUUAUGUUCCAAACUGAACAUUACAGUAGAUUGUAGACAACAUUUCAUUAGAUUGUAUGAUGAGUAUGUGUUUGGGUGAACCUUUUUUAUGAAAAGUUACAAGAGCAUGGGAAAAAACGAUCUCUUGAAUGAAGCUCAAAAUCUUAAUAAUUCAAACUAACAACAUAAACCAAGCUUAACAACAUAUACAUGAGAAGGGAAUUAACACCAGAAACAGUACUUAAAUAGCAACAACAAAAAUGAUCUGUGGAAUGCUCUUUUAUCAAACGCUGCAGAAAACUAUCCACUGAAAAUAUCUCCUCACAUCAUUUCGAUUUUACACACACAUAUCUUUAUUUAAAUGCUGGCUCAAAGACGGCAAUGGUUACAUAUAUCAAAUUUCGGCAACAUAUAGUGGAAGAAUAAUGAAUAUAAAUUGUUGUUGAAUUUUGAUGUGUUGUGAUGAAUUUAAUCAAACCGUUGAAUAUACAGCAAAAAACUACCAAUACUUUCCACUUUAACAAAUCAUAGGUUUUAACCUUCCUGUUGAAUAUAGAGAUGAGAUUUUUUGAUAAUAAGAUGUAAUUUCAAAAUCUAAAACUGACCUGCUUCAAAAUUUAUCAUAAGUAUGCAAAAUAAUCAAAAUGGCAAAUUUAUUCCAUUUGGCCAUUCCCUACUUUACUAGAGACAAAGAAAAUAUUUGAAUACGCUCGGGAAGUAUUAAUCUUUUUCAAAGUUUUUACCUGAAACAAUGAUUGUAAAACGGAUACAAACUGUUGCUCACUCAAUAAUGUUUGCUGAAAAAUUUGUGCUGCAUGUCUACAACUAAUAUUUUUUUAACAAUAUCUUACAUUUUUUGUUAUAACUUUUCAACCAACAAGAUAAUGAAAUAUUUUCCAUA